CGACGAUUAUGGUCGCGUUCACAACGUCAUAGAUGACGUCAUUACUCGCGACCGCAUCGAGCUCACGACGCUCAUGGUUUAUCGGUGGGUCAGCGCGGUCGUCGCUUCUAGUCUUCUGCUACGUGGUUAGAAACUCAUAAUUAAAAACUUUUCAUAAUGGAAAAGGUUUCAUUAUAUGAUCCAGAAAAAGAUAUAGUUGUAGAUGUUUAUCUUUCUCCGGAAGAUAUUUUACGUGCGCAACGAGAAUGUGCUAUAUUUUAACAUAAUAUUUUCUUGGACUUUAGAUAUGGCCUUUGCAACGUCUUUAUUAAAUGCAGCCACAAAAGAUAAAGAAUUGACAGAAAAAACAACUUCUAUCGAACCAGACCUAACCCAACAAAUCACUGAAACAAAUACCGAAACGAGUGCCGAAACAGAAACUGAAAAUCAAAAUGAUGACACUGGUUCUCUAUAUAGAUGGUCAACAGCUGCUGUAUUGCUAUUGUUAGAUACAUAUAAAACAUUCGAAGAUAAAUUUUCUAGUGGAAAAUGUUCACAGAAAAAAAUCUGGGAGGAAAUUAGUGAUGUUCUUGCUGAAAAAGGACAUAUGAUCACGGGACCACAAUGUGCAGCGAAAUUGAGAAGCCUGAAAAAAUCUUAUAAAAGCGUUAAGGAUCACAAUAGUCGAUCAGACAGUGAUAGGCGAACUUGGCAGUUUUAUGAGAUUCUGGAUGAAAUUUUUUCAAAAAGAGCUUGGUGCUCACCAAUCGCCGUUGCAUCAUCAACAGAACUUUCCAUUAAGCAGGACAAAGGGCCUACAUCUGGUAAAUUUAAACAUGAACUAUCUAUAUUGUGGUUUUUAUAUAUUAGUUGGAAAAUUACUUUUAAGAUUUUUUUAAUUUUAUUGCCUUAUCUAAUUCUUUUCCUAAUUGUCAUAUUGCAUUUAUUCUUAAUUCUAAUGAUAAAUAUGUAAAAUAUUAAAAUUUUAUUCAAGUAUUUAGGAUUAAAUUCACAGUUUUUUUCAGACCUCAGUAUAUGUUUGUCUCAUGUAUUACGUCGAACCAUACGUGAGAUAAAAACAUACUGAGAUCCGAGUAACUUAUAAAUUUAGACUUUAAUAAAUACUUUUUGUGUAGAUUCAUCAACAGAAAAUCUAGUCCUAAAGGAAAGAAGUCUUAACAGAAAAGAAUCGUCAACAUCUAAAGAUAACAUAUGCAAUAUUCUUAAGAAGAGGCUUAUUCAAAAAAAUGAACAAGAAGAAGCAAAAGCCAAAAGGCAUAAA